AUGCGAUCUUUCUUCAAGAAGCCCGCGUGGGCGAGUCAACGGGGUGAAGAUGAGGACCCUGAGUUCUACCGCCGUGGCCCCCAAGUAUACAGAGACAUUGUUGCUACCACCAAAAGCGCACAGCAACGACGAGCAAGCUCACCCGUGGGCGAUCCACACAGACACAAACGUCAACGUCACUCAAUUCCGUCGCAUGAUGGAACUAAUCCAAGCGGCAUCGCACAAGGCACAGCAGCUGAAUUAAGAGCUUCCGUGAAGAAUCCACAUCGUGCGCAAAUUUCUCCUGGGCAUAGCAGCUCUAACACCAGUCUUGAUGAGCCCCAAGCAACACAUCAACUCCCGGGCCCCAAUAACGAAGCAUCAACUACAAGUACGAAAGGUUUAAUACCCCCAACACCUGAAGUCUCACCGCAGAGCAAGUUACUGGUCUCGAAGGCGAGUCCUGCACCAUCGCCUCCCGUCACGAUCAAUAUCAGGAAAGCAGAUGCCUAUAAGAAAGGUGUUAUGGACGGCACAAGGUCACCAAGCAAUCAAGGCAUAACCCGUAGUGCCCGGGACACUGCUUAUGAUAACACAGUUGUUCACAUUCUUAUCACAUCAGAACUCGCCAAUACAAAGCCUCUGAUUAUUCAACGCAAAAUGUCACAAUCUCUGAAAGGAGUGCGCCUUGCAUGGUGUGCACGACAAAAUCUACCAAACGAGCUUCACCAGGCUGUAUUCUUGACUUGGAAGGGCCGAAGGCUCUUUGAUGUCACAACCUGUAGAAGCCUAAAUAUCAGUGCCCAUGCCAAGGAACAGUCACCGUUUGAUGAGUUUUUCACCAAUGAAGAUGAGUGUCAUGUCAAUAUGGAAGCCGUCACCGAAGAGAUCCAUGCGGCCAGGCAUCGAUCACCACCGAACAUGGUUCAGUUUAAUCAAACAUCCCCUGUGUUGGCGGAGUCACAAAAUGCUGGACAACAUGCUGGAAUUGAAAUCAUACUCAAGUGCCCUGGUCACAGUGACUACAGAAUUCAUGCCCCCGUGGCAGCAAACAUCUCUCAAAUUGUUGGAGCAUUCCGUGAAGCGAGAGGUAUAACCCCUGAUUUGGCUGUGUACCUUGCCUUCGAUGGUGAUCGCCUUGAUCCCCAAUCUUGCCUGGCAGACCAUGACAUAACGGACGGAGAUCUGAUUGAUGUUCUCAUACAGCACGGCAAAUGA